UUUGGCAAAAUGGAUAAGUCAUUAUCAACAAACAGGAGCGCCAAAGACCUGAAUGAACUUUCCAGCCUGGGUCACUUUCUUAAGGGUUCUUCCGCUACUCUCGGAUUCAACAAGAUAAGGGACAGCUGCCAGAUCAUCCAGCAAUACGGCCACAGGAUGACCGUUGACGGCAGUGCCGAACCCGACGAGACGGUCUGCCUCAAAAAGAUCACCGACGCGCUCAAGACGGUCAAGGUCGACACGGAAAAUUUGGAGAAGCAGAUGAAGAAGUUCUUUAAGCAGGGUUAGUAAUGAGGCAAACUGGGCGCGCGGUCUGCACCAACUCCGACGGUUGUAGCACCCGCCCUCGACUCUACGAGCAUCCGAUCAAUACCCAGCCGGUAACGGGCAACAAGUGGAGCCAUGACUGGUUCCCGUUAGGGCAGACCGGGUGUACAAUGUCGGGGGACGGGCAGCGGCAAGCAGUUGCUUCGUGGGCAGGAGGGUAGUGCGAGGUCGGUCGGGCCAUCCUUUCAAGGAGUCAAGAUACCAGCGGACAGAAGGGUCCUGCCCACGAGAGAUGCGGGGUAUAUGUGCAUAAGGGGUAUGAGGUAUUUCACCGUUUGUAAACAGCUUUGGGGCUCUGGUCUAUCAGGGUAUGGCUACCCAUAUGUGCAUCGCAUCCGCCUGUCAAAGUUGGAGCUGUCUUGGGUUCAGAGUAGUCUAGAUUUCUAGCUGUGGCCUCGUCCACCAAUAGCGAUGUUCUUAUGAGCACGGGUUA